AGAUUUCUACAUAUGUUUACAUAUUCAUCAAGCUCAUCAGCACAAGAUACUUGAAAGACAGUACUUUUGCAUCGUAUAAUAGAGAAAUUCGUCAAAUUAAUACCGAUGGAAGCCAUCAUGAGGACAAGCAAGAGAACGGGUUCCAAUCGGAAUCAAAUAAAGAAAGCGUUCAGAAUUUUUUCGAAGAAGAUUGGGAAAUCGAAGGAAUUUGAAUUUCCGGGGCGUUUGAAUAAGAGGAAGCCUUUCUUCAUUAAGCGCAAUAUAUACCUGACGAAGAAAAUCAAAAAGAGGGUUAAAGACCAUGGCAUCUUCUGUUCUUGCUCCUUGUCUCCUGGUUCUUCAACUCUUUGUGGCAGUGAUUGCAAUUGUGGGAUUCUACUCUCAAGUUGUUCAUCGAGUUGCAAAUGCAGAACUGAGUGCACCAACAAGCCGUUCCAACAACGACAUAUCAAGAAAAUGAAGUUGGUUCAGACAGAGAAAUGCGGAUAUGGGAUUGUAGCAGAUGAAGAUAUCAGUCCAGGAGAGUUUAUCAUUGAAUAUGUGGGUGAAGUUAUCGACGAAAAGAUUUGUGAAGAAAGGCUUUGGAAGUUGAAGCCUCAGUUCGAGACAAAUUUCUACUUGUGUCAGAUAAACUGGAAUAUGGUGAUUGAUGCUACUUACAAGGGGAAUAAAUCGAGAUAUUUCAAUCACAGCUGCAAUCCUAAUACAGAGAUGCAGAAAUGGAUAAUUGAUGGAGAGACAAGAAUCGGAAUCUUUGCUACCCGUUACAUAAACAAAGGAGAGCCCUUGACCUACGAUUACCAGUUUGUUCAAUUUGGUGCAGAUCAAGAUUGUUACUGUGGUGCAGUAGGUUGCAGAAAAAAGCUUGGUGCAAAACCUGGCAAAACUAAGAGCACACCCUCGGAUAAAGCUGUGAACCUAAAGGCAUGUAAAGUAGUGACCUGGAAACCGCCCAAGGUGAAAAAAUCUCGAGGUAGACAUUCCGCCGGACCAUCUUGGAACAACCGUGGCCAAAGACAAAUAUGUUGCCGGAAGUGCAUUGAUGUGGUAAUAAUGUUGGCACGUCCCGCGAACCAGAGGUGUUUCGCCAUUAUUAGACAGUUUGAUGAGUUUUCAAGAAAGCACUUGGUAUUUUACUUCCAGGUCAUGUACGAGGAUGGUGUUACCGAGUCGAUUGAUAUGUCCAGAGAAGUUUGGAAGCUCAUAACCAUUUGA